CCAUUGCUCCUACGCAUCCGCAGGACCCCCCAUGACCCCGAAACGCUCCUUCCUCUUCAUAUAUACCUCUCCAUUUCCGUCCCCAUUCCUCAAUCCUCAUCACCAGUAUUCAUCUCUCUAGCAAAGUGUAGUGCAUUCCUCCCCCUCCCCACUCUUCACUAGCUAGAGUUGCUACCAAAUUCUUCAAUUUCUUCGCUUCAACUUUGUCACCACUAGCUACGAACGAGCAAAUCAUAAGCAUGGCCAUCAGAAAAUCAAGCAGCAAGCUCCCACAAGCAGCCGUGAUAAAGCAAAUCUUGAAAAGAUGCUCGAGUUUGGGAAAGAAACACGGGUACGAUGAAGAUGGACUGCCGCUUGACGUGCCUAAAGGGCACUUUGCCGUUUAUGUAGGCGAAAACAGGAGCAGAUACAUUGUGCCCAUUUCAUUUUUGACUCAUCCAGAGUUCCAAUGCCUUCUUCGUCGCGCCGAGGAGGAGUUUGGGUUUGAUCAUGACAUGGGCCUCACCAUUCCUUGCGAAGAAGUUGUUUUCCGAUCUCUAACAUCAAUGCUCCGGUGAAAUUAAGAGAGCUUGCUUAGCUUAUAAUAUAGUAGUAGGCUAGUAGUAUAAUCAAGUGAUCAUUAACCGGUGACCUCUUUGGUGAAUGAGGAGAGAUGGCACAAGCAAGACGAAGCUAGCAGCAGUAGUAGCUAGUCUCAGCUUCUCUUUUUUUAGCAACUCUUCUCAUCCAUCAUCUUCAGCAUUGUUGGAUUUUUUUUUAUUUUUUUUUUUUGGGGGAACCCAUUCUGGGGUUUCUUGAUUUAGUGAAGCUAACACCGUACCCAAGAAUUUAUUUUCUGGGAUAAAAUUGUACUAUAAAUUAAUUUGUUAUGAAUCUUUUCCUCGCAGAGGCGUUUUUUCAACACCCUGCGAGAGAAUUCCUGUGGAAAUUAAAGGCCAAAUUAGCAA